CAAUUUCAAUUUCAGAUUAUCACUUUCACUGCUUUGAAUUUUCUUGAUCAUUCCAUUUCUUCGUCAAUAUUAUGAUUUAAUCAUCUUUUUUGUUUCUUGUAGAAAUCGCUUUGAUUUUCCUUGCUGGAACUACUCGGUAUCUUGAAAAUGAGAAGGGAGCAAUCCCAGUCUCUUUGUGUAACAGAUGUGGAGCCUGAUAUAUUAAGUAGCUUACCGGGUCAUAUAAUAGACCAGAUUCUCUCACUUUUGCCUAUUAAGGAAGCAAUAAAAACAAGUAUUCUAUCUACCAAAUGGAGGUACAAGUGGGCUACACUUCCAAAUCUUGUGUUUGAUAGUCAAUGUUUGUCUGAAGGUUCUGACGACCUUUUAGCUAUCAAGAACAAGCUUUCAAGAAUUAUUGAUCAUGUACUUUUACUCCAUGCUGGGCCAAUCAAAAAGUUCAAGCUAUCACAUCGCGAGCUUGUUGGUGUGACUGAUAUCGAUAGGUGGACUCUUCAUCUAGCUAGAAGGCCGGUUAAAGAGUUUGUGCUGGAAAUCUGGAAAGGGCAACGUUAUAAGAUACCUUCGUGUUUAUUUUCUUGUCAAGGUUUAGUUCAUUUAGAAUUAUUUAACUGUUGGAUUAAACCGCCAUCAACAUUUAAAGGCUUUAGGAACUUAAAGAGUCUUGAUCUGCAACAUGUUACAUUGGCUCAAGAUGCUUUUGAAAACUUGAUAUCAAGUUGCCCUCUGCUUGAACGAUUGACGUUAAUGAACUUCGAUGGUUUCAGCCAUCUUGAUAUUCAUGCCCCAAAUCUUCAGUAUUUUGACAUUGGGGGUAAAUUUGAGGAUAUUAGCUUUAAGAACACUUCUCAAUUAUCUGUGGUAUCCAUUGGUCUGUAUGUGAACUUCGAAAGUAAUCAAAGUAGAUUUCAUGGAUGCUCUAGCAAUUUGGUCGAAUUUUUAAUCCAUUUACCUCACAUUCAGAGGCUGGAGAUUCAAAGCUAUUUUUUGAAGUAUUUGGCUCUGGGAGUUGUUCCAGGAAUGCUUCCCGCCCCUUGCACCGAUCUAAGUUUUCUUUCCUUACGCAUAAAUUUUAAUGAUUCAAAGGAAAUUUCAGCUGCUCUUUGCCUGUUCAGAAGCUCACCUAAUCUACGCGAACUAGAAAUAUUGGCACGGCCUGAAGAGCAGUCUGUUGCACAUUUUUGGGAAGAUGUCUAUUUGGAUUGGCCAGUCAUGCGAGUGCAGCAUGUGAGAAUAGAUGGCAUCUGUGGUAUCAAACCUGAAUUAGACUUCAUCCGCCUUCUACUUUUAUAUUCUCCUCUGCUAGAAAGGUUGGCUGUGAAACCUGCUUUAAACGUCAAACCAGAUUUGACUAAAGAACUAUUGCGUUUCAGGAGAGCCUCAGGACGAGCUGAAGUUAUUUAUCUGGACUCUGUAUGAUGUUUUUUUUUUCUUUAUUGAAAUCUUAAAUGGUCAUUUUACCAUUUUGUCUCUUAAUUAAUCAUCAUCUACUACUACCUGCGCCCAUUUUCAAAUGGAAAAUUGCAUUGUUAGUGCCUCCUACUUGUGAUAUUGAGGGGCUUCACUACCUUGAAAGUAUUUGUUUGGUAUUGUCCUGCAUAAAAAAUAAUAUAUGGUUUAGAUUUAGAUUUUGUCUGAUCAAUUAUGUAAAUUAUGGAUUCACAUUUUCCAUGGAUUUGUAAGCCAUUGUUUACACGAGUUGGGCCUUGGCAUAUUUUCCUUGUUUAUCAUGGGCCAAAGCCAUAUAUAUAGUGGAGUUUGUAUUUUACAUUUUAAACUUUUUAAAUUUCUUUUUUGCACCACUAGGCCAAGAGAUGCUCUAAUUUUUUUUGGCACCCUUAUGCCAAAUUUUGGAUACUCAAAAAUUGUUUCAUUUGUAGUAUGUGAUUAAUAAAAUUUCUCAAUUUUAAACACAAACAAAAUAAAAAUAAUUUUAACUUUUAUGAUAUAAUUAUCAACAAAAAUAUUCAUAUAGUAAAUUAAACAAACAAAUAAAUAGUUUUUUAAAAUAAUUAUUCCGUAUGAGAUGGGUACACACUAGUUAAAUCUACUAUCUAUCUACUAUCUAUCAUAUACUAAUCAAUUGACCAAACUGUCUAUUUUGCCCUUCCCACUCAAAAACAUUAUACUACAAAAAGGACUUUUUAGUAAUUAACAAAUUAAGCCUUAACUUUUUCAACUUUUUUGAACUUAUGCACCAAUUGUCAAACUCUGAUUGGUCCAAAUCUAUCAUAUACUAAUCAAUUGACCAAACUGUCUAUUUUGCCCUUCCCACUCAAAAACAUUAUACUACAAAAAGGACUUUUUAGUAAUUAACAAAUUAAGCCUUAACUUUUUCAACUUUUUUGAACUUAUGCACCAAUUGUCAAACUCUGAUUGGUCCAAAUUAAAAAACUUAUCUCAUCUUUUCCCUUUUCUUUUCCAUCGUUGAAACCCAUUUCUCUCUCUUCUUCCUCAUUUUCCUUCUUUUCAUCAACUCUCUCUGUCUUCUCUCUCUUUCCCCUCAAACCCUAUGUCUGCCGCCGCCCCUUUCUCUCCUGUAUCUACGACUACUACCAACGUAAAAACCAUUUUUCGUACGCCUGCUCAUUCAAGUUAUUUUCAGAUCUGGCAAUAUAUGAUACCUCAGAGAUGAAACGCAUUCGGCUGGUGCUGUUUGUUUGAUAAAACUCGAGACUUCUGUGACUGUUGCAGGGUGUAAUGGUGAUUCUGGGUAUUCAACUGAAUGCGGUGUCUGUUGUAAACCUGAUUAUGUCAAUAUGGAUUGCUGUGGAAUUUUGUGUGCAUAUAGCCCAUGCAUUCAUGGUUAGUUUAAUCAUCUGUUUUGUUUCAGGUGUCUGCCAUGGAAAUUACUUUAGCUUGUGGAAAUUACUUUAGUCCCCCUAUUAAAAAAAUGCAUGUUUACUUUAGCUGGUGUUUGAGGUAAUUUUAUACAACUUCAACUAAUUCUUGUAAUUUCUAAUUUAUUUCCAUUCAUUUCUAAACUAAAACUAUAUCAUCUCUUGCUCUAACUUUUGCUUAUGUACUUGUGGGAAUUAAUUAGACUUGGUACUGUAAGAGAUAAAGGUGUGGAAUUUAUUUUGUCAUUAGAGGAGCUUCUAAUAAUUGUGCAGAAAAUUAGCUUUCCUUUGGAUGCAAUAAACAAAGAAAUAAGUCAAAAUUAUGUUGUUUAAACAGAGUUAGCAUGAAGAAUCUAGAAGUAUAAAGAAAAAUGCAUUUAAUUAUGAUGAAUUGUUGAGUUUUGAAUGAUAAAACCAAGUUAUUUAGAUGUGUAUAAUCAUAUUUUGUUCUUAAUUCGACUUUACACAUCCAAAAGAUACUUGGAAGAUGUUUUUGCCCUUAGAUAGGGCAUUCCUUUUCGGCGCAUCUGCCGUGGUGUUGGGAGGACAACCCAAGCUCCGUCAUUCCAAUGGGCAAGGAUGCUGGUCUACGAAGUUUGCUAAAUUUAUUUUUUAUUUGCUUAAGAAUGCUAAGAGCAAUGGGAGCAAUACUAAAUUAUGUCUUUUAUAUUUUAAGUUUGAUAUUGACUUUCAUAUUGUAGUUUGAUAUUUUUAACCAACUUUUAAUCACAUUGUUCUAUUAAUUUUCUAAUUCCAAUUAAAAGGUUUGGAUGCGGAUGUACUCUUUGUUUCUCAUAUGCAGGUCAAUCAAGCUCGAAUGCAAAGACGUCGUACUUACAGGGCUCAUGGAAGCACUCUUUGUUUCUCAUAUCCAAAUGACAUCUAUGUCCUCGGGGAUGUUGUGUUUGAGAGGGUGUUUAAUGUUGUAUAUUCAGCCUUGCCGGUGUAUUUGAUUUUGCCAGGUGUUGCUGUAUUGUUGCAGUUUCUGGUUUCUUUUUGUUGAUUGUUAGCAUUUUAAAACAGUUUGUUUGGUUCUUUGACAUGUCUUAGGUCUGAGUUUAUAUAUUUUCUGUUGUUUCAAAAAAAUGAUUCAUCCUGUUAGAAGUCAUAUGGUUAUAUAAAUAUAUCAUAAACCAUUUGUUUGUUUA